UUUCUUCUUUGCUUUUCCUCUUCUCUCUAUCCCAAUACAACACACACACACCCACUGGGCUCACAAAACAGCACAGCACCCUUUCUUAUUCUUUUUUCACCCUAUCUUGAUUAUUAUCCUACUACUACUAUCCCCCCUACUCUUUGACAACACAACAACAGAUGGAACCCACUGAAAAUGUUUCAUGGGCCCAAGCCAUUCCAGCAGCGCAAGGUCUAUACGACCCGACCUACGAAAAGGACUCGUGCGUGCACAUCAAAGGAGGCCGGUCCCACAAGAUUCUAAGCGACGCGUCUGACCUCCUGUGCAACAUGACGCAUCGUGGUGCAAGUGGCGCCGAUAUCCGGGAUGGCGAUGGCAGUGGUGUGAUGACAGGCAUGCCCGACAGCUUUUUCCGCAUCGAAGUCAAGCGCGAGCUAUCGAUCGACUUGCCACCCGAGGGCCACUAUGCGGACACCAUGCAAGAGAGCAAGCGAGUGUUUGAGCAGCUGGCUGAUGCUUUGGGUUUGCAAGUCCUUGGCUGGCGCACAGUGCCUCGAGACACCUCCAUCUUGGGUCCGGCCGCCCGCUCCAAAGAGCCUGCGAUCGAGCAGCCCUUUGUCUCGUUUCGUGAAAAGAUGGAUUCUAAACAGUUUGAGCGUCAACUCUAUCUGUUGCGUAAACAUGCCACGCAUACAAUCACAAUGAAGAAAUGGUUUUAUGUCUGUUCGCUGUCGACGAAAAACAUUGUUUACAAGGGCCAGCUUACGCCGCGUCAGGUCUAUGCCUACUUUUAUGAUCUUGUCAAUGUCAAAUAUACCACCCAUUUUGCACUUGUCCACUCAAGAUUUUCGACAAACACAUUUCCAUCGUGGGAUCGAUCACAGCCUAUGCGUUGGUGUGCACACAACGGCGAAAUCAACACAUUGCGUGGAAACAAAAACUGGAUGCGCUCGCGGGAAGGUAUGAUGACUUCAGACACAUUUGGAGACCAGCUCGAGUUGUUGUACCCGAUCAUUGAAGAAGGUGGAUCCGACUCUGCCGCGUUUGACAAUGUUCUCGAACUCCUCGUUGUCAACGGCGUCUUGACACUUCCCGAAGCCGUCAUGGUCAUGAUCCCCGAGGCAUGGCAAAACAAUCCCUUGAUGGAACCAGAGAAAAAGGCAUUCUAUCAGUGGGCUGCAUCCAUCAUGGAACCCUGGGAUGGUCCUGCACUAUUCACGUUUGCAGAUGGUCGCUAUUGUGGCGCUUCCCUGGACCGUAAUGGGCUACGUCCUUGUCGAUUCUAUUUGACCUCCGAAGAUAUCAUGAUCUGUGCUUCUGAGGUCGGCACAUUGCGUGUGGAUCCUGAACUCGUGGUCAAAAAGGGUCGCUUGCAACCUGGAAAAAUGCUGUUGGUUGAUACGGUCGAAGGAAGGAUUGUGGAUGACAAAGAGCUGAAGCUAACAACGGCGGCCAAGGCGAAAUUCACAGAAUGGAUUCAACAACGUAUCAGCAUGCAAGAUCUUGUGAAAGGCUACAAGGAUGAAACCAAUGUUGAGUUGGAUGAUAACACCAUUCACACCGAUCCUCGCUUGAAAGCCUUUGGAUACACGCUCGAACAACUCAACCUGCUGCUUAUGCCAAUGGCAUCCGACGGCAAAGAGGCACUUGGAUCCAUGGGCAAUGAUACAACGCUCGCUUGUCUUGCCAAGCAGCCGCUGACUAACCCGCCUAUUGAUCCGAUCCGCGAGGAAAUUGUAAUGUCAUUGGAAUGCUAUGUUGGACCGGAGGGCAAUUUGCUAGAGAUUGAGCCGUCACAAUGCAAACGGUUGACUCUGCCGUCACCCAUUUUAUCCAUGCAAGAGUUUGCGGCUAUCAAGGGAAUGGAGAAACACUAUGCGGACUGGCAAGUAGCGACGAUCGACAUUACUUUUGCACGCACAGAAGGUGUGGACGGGUACUUGACAGCGUUGGAACGUGUAUGUAACGAAGCGACCGAAGCGAUCGACCAGCACAAAAAAGUGAUUAUUUUGUCCGACCGUGCCAUGGGAGCUGACCGCGUCGCCAUCUCUUCCUUGAUUGCCUUGGGCGGUGUGCACCAUCACCUUGUACGCAACAAGUUGCGUAGCCGAAUCGCAUUGAUGGUCGAAUCGGGUGAGGCACGCGAGGUACAUCACUUUUGUGUCCUGCUUGGAUAUGGUGCGGAUGCCAUAUGUCCUUAUCUUGCCUUUGAAGCCAUGCUCAAACUCCACCGAGAACGGGCUGUCCGAGACGAUCUUACACCGGAGAAAAUUAUUUACAAUUAUCGCAAGGCCGCCGACAACGGCAUCCUCAAGGUCAUGUCCAAGAUGGGUAUCUCGACCUUGGCAUCCUACAAAGGCGCACAGAUUUUCGAAGCCCUCGGUAUCGACCACACUGUCAUUUCCCGAUGUUUUGCCGGCACUGCCUCACGUAUCAAGGGCAUCACUUUUGACACGUUUGCAUUGGACGCAUUGACGUUGCAUGAAGCCGGAUAUCCACUCCGCAAUCGUGUGCAACCUUUGGCAUUGCCCGAAUCGGGUGAAUACCAUUGGCGUGACGGUGGCGAGCCGCAUAUUGCUGAUCCUGUCGGUAUGGCAAACUUGCAAGAUGCUGUCCGGAAAGAUAACCAGGCCUCGUAUGAGGCGUAUGCUCGGAAUGCGUAUGAAGCUAUCCGCCAAUGCACGUUGCGUGGCAUGCUGGAAUUUGAUGAAGAGAAAUUCAAGCCUAUAUCGCUGGAUCAAGUCGAGCCAUGGACAAAUAUCGUCAAACGGUUUGUUACUGGUGCCAUGUCUUAUGGCUCCAUCUCCAUGGAAGCCCAUGCGUCGCUCGCUGUUGCGAUGAACAAACUCGGUGGCAAGUCAAACACCGGUGAAGGUGGUGAAAAGCCAGAACGAUCGAUACCAAGACCCAACGGUGACAAUCUUCGGUCAGCCAUCAAACAGGUGGCAUCCGGCCGUUUCGGUGUCACCAGCUACUAUCUGUCGGAUUCUGACGAGUUGCAGAUCAAGAUGGCCCAGGGCGCAAAGCCUGGUGAAGGUGGUGAGUUGGCAGGUACAAAAGUAUCUGAAGAAAUUGCCAGUACUCGUAAAACAACACCGGGUAUUGGCUUGAUCAGUCCUCCGCCUCAUCACGAUAUUUAUUCGAUCGAGGAUUUGAAACAGCUUAUUUAUGAUCUCAAGAGCUCUAGCCCACGCGCACGCGUAUCCGUCAAACUGGUCUCUGAAGUCGGCGUCGGCAUCGUUGCUGCAGGUGUAGCCAAGGCCAAGGCAGACCAUAUCCUGAUUUCCGGUCAUGAUGGUGGUACAGGCGCUUCACGAUGGACGGGUAUCAAAUACGCCGGCUUGCCUUGGGAGCUGGGGUUGGCUGAAACACAUCAAACGCUUGUUCUUAACGAUUUGCGGGGUCGCGUCGUUGUUCAAACCGAUGGUCAGAUCAAAACAGGUCGUGAUGUUGCCAUUGCCUGCUUGUUGGGUGCUGAAGAAUGGGGAUUUGCCACCACACCUUUAAUUGCUCUUGGAUGCAUCAUGAUGCGUAAAUGUCACUUGAACACUUGCCCAGUCGGUAUUGCCACCCAAGAUCCCGAAUUGCGAAAAAAGUUCGAAGGUCAUCCAGAGCAUGUCAUCAACUUUUUUCACUACGUUGCUGAAGAACUACGUGGUCUUAUGGCCAAACUCGGUUUUCGGACGAUCAACGAGAUGGUAGGACAUACGGAAGUUCUUAAAACCAACGACAGUUUGCGGACGUACAAGACUGCCAACAUUGAUUUGUCACCUAUCCUGACACCUGCACACACACUGCGACCUGGCGUGGCCACUUUUUGCGUCCGCAAGCAGCAACACAAUCUAUACACGCGUCUCGACAAUUAUCUUGUAGAUGAGAGCGAACCAGCGCUCGAGCGCAAAGAAAAGGUGCAUAUUGAUUCCGACAUUGUCAAUACGGAUCGUGCUGUUGGUGCCACGCUUUCUUAUCAUGUCUCGAAACGGUUUGGUGAAAAUGGAUUGCCUGGAGAUACGAUCCAUGUCAAGUUUACCGGAUCUGCCGGUCAGUCGUUUGGUGCGUUCUUGGCACCGGGGAUCUUUUUUGAAUUGGAAGGCGAUAGCAAUGAUUACGUUUGCAAGGGUCUAUCCGGUGGUACUGUUGCUAUUUAUCCUCCUCGUGCAAGCACGUUCAAUGCCAGCGAGAACAUUAUUGUUGGCAAUGCGGUCGGAGCAUUCUUUUCCGGUGUUGCUGCCGAACGAUUCUGUGUACGUAACUCGGGCGUUGGUGACCACGGUUGUGAAUACAUGACAGGCGGUCGUGUAGUGAUCCUUGGCGACGCAGGCAGAAACUUUGCAGCCGGCAUGUCUGGCGGUAUUGCUUAUGUAUUGGACAUGGAAAGCGCAUUGAAAGAAAAAGUCAAUAUGGAAAUGGUGGAGCUCGAGACCAUCGACACGCAGGAAGAGAUCGACGAGGUGCGACAGCUCAUUGAAGACCAUCAACACUACACAGGAUCGCAAAAGGCUGCCGAGUUUGUCAAAGUCAUGCCGAUAGAGUACCGUCAUCUGCUGGAAAAACAAAAGCAAGCCUCAUCGACAACAACAACAACGAUUCAGCAAGACAUGGUCACAAAGAAGAAUGAGCCUACUAUUGAUGAUGUUGAGGAUAGUUUGUUGGAUGAAAAGGCGAUUAUGGAACGACGCACGAAAUUGGACAAGAUGCGUGGUUUCAUGAAGUAUAAACGUCGUGUUGACCCUUAUCGAGAUGCCAAGGCACGAACCGAUGAUUGGAAAGAAAUCAACCACCGAUUAACCCGUCCUCAGUUACAUGAACAAGCGGCUCGGUGCAUGGAUUGUGGUGUACCGUUCUGUCAGUCGGAUACAGGCUGUCCUAUUGGUAAUAUCAUCCCCAAAUGGAACGAGCUCAUUUACAAGGAUCACUGGAAAGACGCUCUUGACCGUCUUGUCAUGACCAACAACUUUCCUGAAUUUACUGGUCGUGUCUGUCCUGCGCCAUGUGAAAACAGCUGUGUUCUUUCUAUCAAUGAGCCCGCAGUUGCAAUCAAGAGCAUUGAAUGCGCGAUCAUUGAUCAUGGCUUUAAAGAAGGGUGGAUUGUUCCUCAACCGCCUGCAAAUCGAACAGGCAAGAAAAUCGGCAUUAUUGGAUCUGGUCCAGCUGGUCUUGCUGCUGCGGAUCAAUUGAACAAGGCUGGACACUCGGUUACUGUCUAUGACCGCAACGAUCGCAUGGGCGGUCUUUUGAUGUACGGCAUUCCGAACAUGAAGCUCGACAAGAACGUCGUACAGCGCCGUAUAGAUCUGCUUGCUGCAGAGGGUGUUACAUUUGUACCUAAUGCACACAUUGGCGUUGAUAUGGAUGCAAACGGCUUGCGCGACGAGAACGAUGCUCUUGUUAUUGCUACGGGUGCUACGUGGCCACGUGACCUGAAGAUCCCUGGACGCGAUGCGAAUGGAGUUCAUUUCGCAAUGGAGUUCUUGCAAGCCAACACCAAGUCACUAUUGGACUCAAACCUCGAGGACGGACACUACCUCUCUGCCAAAGAUAAACAUGUUGUUGUGAUUGGCGGUGGCGAUACCGGUAACGACUGUAUUGGCACAUCUGUCCGUCAUGGCUGCAAAUCGGUGAUCAACUUUGAGCUUUUGCCACAACCGCCCAACACGCGCGGCAGCGAUAAUCCGUGGCCCCAAUUUGCUCGGAUCUUUAGAGUUGAAUAUGGCCAUUCUGAAGUGCAAGCCCAUUUCGGCAGAGAUCCACGGGAAUACUGUGUCUUAUCCAAGGAGUUUACUAAAAAUGCUGACGGCAAUGUGACUGGAAUUAAUACGGUUCGUGUGGAAUGGACAAAGGAUGGCACCACAGGUCGCUGGUCAAUGAAAGAGGUCGAAGGAUCGGAACAGUUCUUUGAGGCGGAUCUUGUCUUAUUGUCGAUGGGAUUCUUGGGCCCUGAAGAAUCUUUGGUCAAUCAAUUGUCGCUCAAGCAGGAUGCUCGCACUAACAUUGAAACACCCAAGGGCAAAUAUAGCACCACCGUGCCAGGCGUGUUUGCUGCUGGCGACUGUCGGCGUGGACAAUCGCUCAUUGUCUGGGGUAUCAAUGAAGGAAGACAAUGUGCGCGUGAGGUUGACUUGUGGCUAGAAGGAAAAACGUAUCUUCCAGUCGCCGGUGGUAUCAAUCGUCGUGCCAUUGUUGACAAUCGCACCGCUGUGGAUGUGCGUGCUUAAAUUGGCAAGAACUUCUUCUAAGGAUUACAUACAUGUAUCUCUCUCUUCCUUUCCAUUUAUUAUACACUGUACAAAAAUAAGCCUAUGUAUAUAAAUCAAAUGAUAGCCCUCAGUUAAUCAGCG